CCUGACAGCGGCGGCGGCGGCUGCCGAGGUUGGAUUCCUGUAGAAGUUGAUGGCUCUGAAUUUGGGAGUGAGCAGCAGAUCUUUGGUGUGUGCAGGAGAACGGAUGGGGAGCAGCUCCCUUGGUGAGCGAGCCUGGAAGGAGAGGAUUUGGACUGCAAGCUGCAACCGUGGAGGACAGAGCUCAGCAUCUUCUACCCGAGCAGUGCUGGAAACUGACUUUUAGCCACUUUGCAGAAACUGUAGUUGCCACAGCCUGCGCCUUGCCCCAAAGCCAUUGAAAGCAAAAGCGACGUUUCCAGGGAACCCAAACACAUUUUUCCACCAUGUUCGGAAAGAAGAAGAAAAGGCUUGAAAUCUCUGGGCCCUCUAACUUCGAGCAUCGGGUUCACACUGGCUUUGACCACCGGGAGCAGAAAUUCACGGGACUACCUCAGCAGUGGCACAGCUUGCUGGCCGACACGGCAAACAGGCCAAAGCCUAUGGUGGAUCCCUCAUGCAUCACUCCCAUCCAGCUCGCACCUAUGAAGACUAUCGUUAGAGGAAAUAAGCCUCGAAAGGAUACUUCAAUCAACGGCCUACUGGAAGAGUUUGACAAUAUCUCAGUGACACGAUCUAAUUCCCUGCGGAAGGAAAGUCCUCCCACCCACCACCAAGGAAACUCAAACCAUGUGUCGAGGCACCAGGAGGAAAAUGGCUAUAUCACGUAUUCCCAGUACUCCAGUGAGUCAGACACUACCACAGACUAUGUCGUGGAAAAAUAUCAAGACAAGACUCUUUACGGGGAAGAGUUAGACAGGUACUACAAAGGGAGCUAUGCUGCCAAGCAGAACGGGCACAUGAUGAAGGUGACUUCCCGGGACAUCUAUUAUUCGGAACUGACGCCCCUGCAGUCAGACCUCUCCAGAUUUCUUCCAGAUUACCAUGCACACCUGGAGACGAAGCCCAAACCUCUGGAAUACGGUGGCCUAAAGCUGGAGUAUCAGCGGAUCCCCAGUGGAUCCUCCCUGGACUAUAGAGAUCCCUUUCCUUACACCCCGUCCCGAGCGUCGGUGCAGAGCGAGUGCCCCAAGGAGAGGCUGGAGUACAGCGACGGCGACUGGGGACAUGGCCUGAGCAAGGACGACUAUGACAAGAGGCCAAAAUCCUCCUACGUCGACCCGGCAAGCCCUCAGCCAGCAAUGAGGCAGAGGUCCAGGUCGGGCUCUGGUCUGCAGGAGCCAGCCAUGCCCUACGGAGCAAGCGCUUUCAAAGCACACCAGCAAGGACAUUCCUACAGCUCCUACACCUACCCCCGCCUGUCUGAAACCGCCGCAGGCAUCCCCAAGGUGGAUUAUGAUCGAGCGCAGCUGGUCGUUAGCCCACCGCUCUCCGGAUCGGACACCUACCCCAGGGGCCCAGUAAAGCUACCUCAAAGUCAGAGCAAAGUCAGCUAUUCCAGCAGCAGCUACCAGUACCCUCUGGUCUACCACAAGGCAUCCCACUAUCACCAGCCGUCUCUCCAGCCCAGCUCUCCCUAUAUUUCCACAGCCUCCUACCCCAGCUCCCCAAGUAUCACAUCAAGUGCUUACCCUCCACCCAGCUGGGGAUCCUCCUCAGACCAGCAGCCCUCCAGGGUGUCCCACGAACAGUUCAGAGCUGCCCUGCAGCUUGUGGUCAGCCCCGGUGACCCCCGGGAGUACUUGGACAACUUCAUCAAGAUCGGGGAGGGCUCCACAGGGAUUGUCUGCAUCGCCACCGAGAAGCACACGGGAAAGCAAGUCGCUGUGAAGAAGAUGGAUCUCAGGAAACAGCAGAGAAGGGAGCUGCUUUUUAAUGAGGUUGUAAUCAUGAGAGAUUACCAUCAUGAAAACGUGGUUGACAUGUACAACAGUUACCUUGUUGGCGAUGAGCUGUGGGUUGUGAUGGAGUUUCUGGAGGGCGGCGCUUUGACAGACAUAGUGACUCACACCAGGAUGAACGAGGAGCAGAUAGCGACCGUCUGCCUGUCUGUUCUGAGAGCCCUGUCCUACCUGCACAACCAGGGCGUCAUCCACCGCGACAUCAAAAGCGACUCCAUCCUUCUCACAAGCGACGGGAGGAUAAAAUUGUCCGACUUCGGGUUCUGCGCCCAAGUGUCAAAGGAGGUCCCCCGGAGGAAGUCACUGGUUGGGACACCGUACUGGAUGGCACCGGAGGUGAUAUCCCGCCUGCCCUAUGGCACCGAGGUGGAUAUCUGGUCCCUGGGCAUCAUGGUGAUAGAGAUGAUAGACGGCGAACCUCCCUACUUCAACGAGCCACCGCUGCAGGCCAUGCGCCGGAUCCGGGAUAACUUACCCCCCCGGGUGAAGGACAUGCACAAGGUCUCCUCCAUCCUCCGAGCCUUCCUGGACUCCAUGCUGGUGCGGGAGCCCUCGCAGAGAGCCACAGCACAGGAACUGUUGAGACACCCGUUUCUCAAACUGGCUGGGCCCCCUUCUUGCAUCGUGCCCCUCAUGAGGCAGCACAGGCACCGCUGAGGCCGGGCACGUUUUGGGAGGAGGUCGGUGCAGAGCCCAGGUAACGGCCGCGCAGGGAUCCCGGCGGUUGUGUGGUAACCGUGGGCGGGGAGGAGAGGAACCGCGGUGAAGAGCGAACCAAGGAGGCGGCGAGGGACCCGGGAGCCAUCCUGGCCCCGCUCCGCCGUGGGCCAUCACCCCCCCGCGCUCUCGUCUUCGCGGCCGUCCAGGCAGAAGGCGCCAAAUGCAAACAAGGUUGGAAAGAAAAUUAAUAGAGGAUAGCACAACCAGAGUGAACCACCACAAUUUUACUGCAGGCUACGGCACUUCUAUUUCAGAAGAACACUUUUCUGACAAAAAAAGCACUUUUUAUCUAGGUCAUAGCAGCGCAAUGUAUUUUGAAAUGAAUUUGUAAUUUUCUGUACAGUACGUUUUGAUAAUUUGCAGUACUUUGUCAUGUAACUGUUGUGUUAGUUGAAGUAAUAUGUGUAACUUAGCAAGAAUUUGAGAAGAUAAAGUUUCCUACUUUUUUAACCCUUUUGAAAACAGGAAAAAAAUAAUACCUUUAGGAAGUUUGAAAGUUUUGCAGCUUUUCCAUUGGGGUGAGGAGAGGCAUGGCAGCCCAAAGAGCGAUGGGAGCCAGCACUGCCUGUGGCGCAGCGGCAAUCAGAGCUGCUGCUGAAUGUUAGCGGUCGUCAGGGUCUCCCCUCAUCUCCUCCUUUCUCCAGAAUUGGGAGCCAGCACAGCUGGUGAACCUGGGCUCAAGGGUCACCUUCCUAUGCCGUGGUGGUCCCUUCAUUUUAUGCCACCAUAAGUUAAGUUUUCUUACCACAGAAAAUCUCCGUUAUUUCUGUCCUGCUCUGGCAGCGGAGCGGGAGGGCAGGAGUCCGUCUGUCCACCCAGCCUGUGUCCUCCCAUCCUCCCCAGCUCCCACAGAGCCCUGUGAUGCAUUACGAGAUGUUUGCCAUAUAGGAGAAGUCGUGCUGCUGUCUAGACCUUUUUGAAUGUUGAUGCAACAGUUGACUACUACGGUACAAUUUUGUGUUCUUGUUGGAUGACUUUGCAUGUUAACUGUAGGCCUAAAUAGAUUUGCCUUUCAAAUUUUUAGAAGUGCUUCGUAAUUAUUUCAAUGAUAAAUGAAUUUUAUUUAUUAAUGAUUAGUUCUUUUUAAUUAUGUAAAAUACGAAAGCCAUGUUUUUCAAGGUGGUGUUUUUUUUUUUCUUACUGACCUCAUUUUACAAUAUCAUUAAGAAACACAAAGCCAAUUUGUGAAAACACAGUUAGUUUCUUUCUUAUGGAAUUUCAUAGUGAAUAAAUUAAUUGUUAUUUAUUGUAGUAAAUUAUAAUGAAACAUCUAAUCCUUCAGGAGCUGUUUCUUAAAGAUCGUCCUCUGGGACACAAGAGUUGCCAAUAGUAGAGAAGCUCCUUUAAUACUGCCCUUAAAAAGUUAAAGAAUAUGUGAAGGGAGAGAAACAAUUAAAAAAAAAAACAACAGAGGAGAUAAAUAUGAACUGGAACAUUAAGUAUAUGUUCUUACAUCCCUGUGUCUUACUCCCCGCUGCUUUCUCUUCUUAACCCUGUUUGCACUUUUGAAGAAGACACUUCAGAAAAUGUUGUGGGCUCCCACCACCCCACGGCAAACCCGCUCCCGGUGCCCACCCGCAGAGACCUGGCAGCGAGCGCAGCUCCCACCGCCUUCCGAGGUGUUCCGAUUUUGUAGUCUUGACAACUCAGGAAAACAGGCUGCACCAGUAAAGGCAACGACAUACAGGCAAAACUGUAAUACUAGCCACAAAAGUAAACUUUUUUAAACAUCUAUGAAUAAAAAAGGGGUUGGGGUUGGUGGGGAUUUUUUCUUCAAUAUUCAGCACAUUUUAGGCUGUAAAAGUGAAGAUUUUUCUGCAACUUUCUUAUCAUUAGAUACUUUAAACAGUAUUCAUCAAGUUUACUGAAAGUUUUGUCAAUUUCAAAGUUGUUUUUUUUGUGAACACCAACUACUGGUGAGACAAAUGCACAUGCAAGUUAAAUAAAUUAAUUAAUAAAUGCUUUGA